AUGGCUUCAUCCACCCAUGAUGAGGCAAACACCAACGGAGAUUCUUCGCAAUCAAAGGACGAGGAUCCCUUCAUUGCUUUUGGAAUCGAUUUUGGCACAACCUAUUCAGGUAUCGCAUGGGCCAUCUCAACUCGACCAGCCAAUGUCAGCAUGAUAACUAGCUGGGAUUCAGCCAAGUACCAUUGUUCCGAUAAAGAGAAAACCCCAAGCAUCAUCUCAUACGAAGAGAACGGCAAAAUGCUCUGGGGCUACUCUGUUUCUGACAAAAAAUCUUCGAUCGAGUGGUCCAAACUCUGCCUCUUGGAAGAAGAUGACAUUCCCAACGAUGUCAGUCACUCAACACAGCUUCAAGCUGCUCAAGCUGCUUUAAAACAGCAGAAAAAGAGCGUCGUAGAUGUCAUCAGCGACUACCUGCGACAGCUGUGGAAACACAGCAUCAUCAACAUUAGGCGAGCUAUAGGUGGACAGUUGGUAGACCUCUGCAGAUUUAAGGUCGUUGCUACAAUUCCUGCAAUAUGGCCCAUAUAUGCUCAGAUACGCAUGCAUGAAGCCAUAGAAAAAGCUGGGAUUCUGAGCACUCGAAACGCGGGUCAAACAAUCUUGGAAUUUCUUCCAGAGCCUGAAGCUGCGGCAUUGGCUACUCUGAGAGGUAUUUCCACGUACAAUCAGGCAAAUAUGGAGAUUGGCGACCAUUUUGUUGUUUGCGACGCUGGUGGAGGCACUGUAGACAUCAUCACCUACACUGUUGUCGAGCUGAGCCCGAUGAAAGUCAAGGAAAGCGUUAAGGGAGACGGAAAACUUUGCGGAGCCACCUUUCUGGACGAACGUUUUCUAGAAAUUCUUCGAGAGAAGCUUGAUCAGAUAUCUCCUGAUACCUGGAAAAGCCUUGAAGAGACUGGAGCACUGGGACGAAUUAUGAACAACGAUUGGGAGAACGGAAUCAAGCCUCAAUUUCGUAACACUGACCAACACUGGAUGAUUCAGAUCCCGGUAAAGGGACCUAAGCGAACUCAUGAUGAAUUUCGUUUUUCAGACAUCAAGUUUGACGUCAAAGAUGUGCAAAAGAUAUUCAAGCCAAUAGUGGCUGAAAUCAAGCAUCUUGUGGAUAACCAAGUGAAGGCCAUCAAAGACAAGUACAAUAAAGAACCAAAGUUUGUCGUACUUGUUGGUGGGUUUGGUCGGCAACCUUUCCUUUUCACGGAAAUGCAGGACGCUUUGAACCGCAGGAACGGGCCUGUGGGGAAAAUUGAGGUUCUACAGAGCCAGGGCGCAGAACCGAUUAGCAGGAUGAGCUACGGUGUGAAAUGCGAUCGUGUGCCAUGGAACGCGAAGGACCACGAUAUAAGAGAUAAAGAGUGGUCUGAUAUAGAUCAGGCAUAUAAGGCUGUAAACCAGACUUCUUGGUUUGUGCGCAUCGGGGAAACCAUUCCAGUGGGCGAUUUCAUUUCCAAAGGAUUUUAUACAGACCUUACACAUUCAAUCUCGUCGCAGUCCACAGAACUCAUCUACUCGACCUCUGCCACUCCACCGAAGAGAUGCGAUGAGACAGUCAAGAAGCUUUAUAACCUCCAUUGGUCGACUGUGCCUAAGUUCAGCAAACUGACUACUUGGGUCAAUUCUAAAGGUCGAACUAUUCGACGAUUCUGUUUUGACACUAAGAUGACAUCAAAUGGCGUAACUUUAGACUUUGAGAUUGUCUACAAAGGACAAGUCGUGGCGUCGAAGAAUAUCGGCAUUGAUUAUGGCCACUGCGGUGCUCUCGCUAGUAACUGCAACUGA